AUGGGCCCGGGGGUCAAGAUGCAGUUGCCGGAAGACGCGCGGCGCCUGGCCUUCGUGCCGCCUGCGCAGUCAAAGGAGCCUUUCAGUUCCUUCGUCAUCGGGCGCCAGCAUCAGUUGGAUUUCUGGCCGGAGGUGUUGCACCCGGACGCCCUGAGCACGCUCUCACGGCAGCACGUGGAGGUGCAGACCUGGUGCGCCCAGGGCGGGCGCUUCUCCUUUGUGGCGAGGAACUUGAGUGAGAUCAACCCCGUCCACGUGAUUGCCAACCUCGAGGGCACGGCUUUGGAGCAGCCCCGGGCCUUGGCCAAGGGCGAGCAGCGGCACCUGCUGCACGGGGACCGCCUGGUGAUGAACCUGGGGCAGGCGCACACCUUUUGGAUGACUUUCUCGGAUCUCACAGGCCGGCACGAGAGUCAGUCUCGACAGGUGCGGGGGAAGUCCGCUGCGAAGGAGAUGAGGACCUCAUCUCGACGGCGGCGACUCCACACCAGGAUGAGGAUGAGGACGGCGGGCGGUUCCUGCUAA